AUGAACAAAGAAUACAAUACAGUACGGACAACGUCCAGUUCCGAAACAGCAGAUGAACAAUCAUUCCUUCCCACGAAUCCAUUCGCUGAACCAACAACAACGACGGCGUCCUCGAAUACGACCCACCAUGGAACAGACGAUGACAUGAUUGAUAUUGAUUUUCGCAAUUCCAAUAACGACAAACUAAACAACGGUGUUAUGAAUGUAGAUUUAGUUAACACACAUUAUGAUGAUUUUCAAACAAUUGAUUGGCUUAAAGAUCUCAUGCGUGAUCGUUUUCGGCAUCGUUUACUACGUGCUAAAACACAUAAUUCUCUUAUAAACAAACUCUUAAUGUAUCACGACGCAUGGUCUGGUUGGUUAUGUGUAUUGCUUGUCGGUCUAAGUGCAGGUGUCAUUGCUGGAGUUAUUGACAUCGGAACAAAUUGGAUAUCACAUUUAAAACAUGGAAUAUGUCUCAAUGCAUUCUGGCUGAACAGAGAACAAUGUUGUUGGGCUUCACGAAAUCUACAAUAUACCAGUGUAAAUACAGAAGAAUGCACCGAAUGGUUUACUUGGCCACAAGUAUUUGGGCUAUAUGGAACAGGAUUUGGUCGAGACCUAUUGUCUUAUAUUAUGUAUAUAUUUUGGUCAACAAUAUUCGCAACAUUUGCCGUUCUUUUAGUAAAAGUAUUUGCACCCUAUGCAUGCGGUAGUGGUAUUCCAGAAAUUAAAACCAUCUUAGGUGGUUUUAUUAUCCGUGGAUAUCUGGGCAAAUGGACUUUACUAAUCAAAAGCAUUGGCAUGAUGUGUGCAACAAGUGCUGGACUUAUCUUGGGCAAAGAAGGCCCCUUUGUUCAUAUUGCUUGCUGUUGCGGCAAUAUAUUUUCGUAUCUCUUUCCAAAAUAUGGUCGCAAUGAAGCGAAGAAACGAGAAAUUCUGUCAGCAGCUGCUGCAGCUGGUGUUUCAGUUGCUUUCGGUGCACCUAUUGGUGGCGUUCUGUUUAGUUUAGAAGAAAUCUCCUAUUAUUUUCCAUAUAAAACUCUAUGGCGUUCCUUUUUCUGUGCUAUGGUUGGCGCACUUGUUGUUCGGUCAAUUAAUCCAUACGGCAAUGGACAUGAUAUCCAAUUCAGUAUCGAUUAUUCCGUACCAUGGGCAUCAUUCGAGUUACUGCCAUUCAUCAUAUUAGGCAUUCUCGGAGGUUUGUGGGGAGCUUUCUUUAUUAAAACAAAUAUUUGGUGGAGUCGCGUUCGCAAGAACUCUCGACUUGGAAAAUAUACCACCCUUGAGGUUGUUGGUCUGGCAUUAAUUACAGCAAUCAUCAUUUAUCCAAACCCUUAUACACGUAUGUCAAUGUCAGAAUUAAUUAAACGUUUAGUCAGUCAAUGUCGUGUGGGAGAUAUGAUCGAUCUUUGUGAUUAUCCAGGUUCUCCGUUUAUCAGUGGCACAUCGAAGGGUUCAGUUGGAUUGGCUGGCCCAGGCGUUCAUCGAGCCAUAUGGCAGCUAUUCUUCGCACUUAUUGUUCAAGUAUUACUUGUUACAUUCACUAUUGGUACUAAAGUACCAUCUGGCAUAAUUAUUCCUUCAAUGUCAAUCGGAGCAAUAACAGGCCGUAUUAUUGGUAUCAUAACUGAACAAUUAGCAAUUCAAAACCCAACAUUUAUUCUGUUCCGUCAUGAUUGCAGUAAAGAUGAAAAUUGUGUGACGCCUGCUCUCUAUGCUAUUGUCGGUGCCUGUGCAUUUCUUGGUGGUGUUAGUAAAAUGACGAUAUCAUUAGUUGUUAUUAUGUUUGAACUGACAGGUGGCCUCACCUACAUUGUUCCAUUAAUGGCUGCAGCAAUGACAGCCAAAUGGAUUGGUGAUAGUUUUGUCCGUGGUGGAAUUUAUGAUGCACAUAUUGAAUUAAAUGGGUAUCCAUUUUUAGACAAUAAGGAGGAAUUUAAUUUCACAACAAUUGCAGCUGAAGUAAUGCGACCACGGCCUGAACAACAAACAUCAUUGGCUUUUCUCACUCAAAAUGGAAUGACGUUUUCCGAUAUAGAAUCUUUACUAAAAGAAACAACUCAUACAUUGUAUCCAGUAGUUGUCACACGUGAACAUCCCUACGUUGUUGGACAAAUACAAAGACGCGAUCUACAAGUUGUUCUCAGAUCACAAAAGAUGCAUCGCUAUCGUCUUUCGUCAAGUGUUAUUCAAUUCACAUCUCCAGCAGAAGCAGCGCAGAAUUCCGAUUACGAAUCUGAUAGUCGAUCAGAUCAACGUCUAACAACAAACACAGAAGUUAUUCGAAUUGGCAAUCUACUAGAUCAAGCACCAAUUAUUGUCACCGAUCAAACUCCCAUGGAAACUGUAAUUGAUUUAUUCCGUAAGCUCGGCCUCCGUCAAGCAUUUGUCACACGCAAUGGUCGAUUAAGAGGAAUCAUUACCAAGAAAGAUAUUCUUCGUCAUAUUCAUCAAAUGUCCUCGCAUAACACCGAAACAGCGUAUUAUGACAACUGA